UAUCAACAAUUGAAUGCAUUAGUUACAGAGUUUAAUACGACUCGUUGCCCGUUGAAAGUCUUCGGCGUUCCUUGUAAUCAAUUCGGAUUACAAGAGCCAGGUCAGGGGAUUGAAAUCGUGAAAUCAUUGCAGUAUGUAAGACCUGGGAAUGGCUUUAAACCGAAUUUCGAUUUAUUGGUAAAAAGGGACGUUAAUGGAGAGAAAGAGGAUGCCCUCUUUACUUGGCUAAAGGUAUGUUGUUGUCAAGCCGAUGUCAGGAUGUGUUCGCACUGCUUGUUCCCAGUUGUUGUGACAAGUCUGGAACAAGUUGUUAUCACCUUGUUACAAGGUUGAUGACGGUAACAGACUUGCUACAAGUUGUUCCAACGAGACUAAUACAGGCUGUUCGUAACAAGUUGCUACGAGCUUGUUGUCAUCAACUUGUUUCGUGCAGACGAUGUCAGACUUGUUGGAACAACUUGUUGCGAGUUCCAGACUUGUCAACAACUGGGAACAAGCAGUGCGAACACAUCUUAAUGACAAGCUGUGAGCUAGCUAGCUGACUAGCUAGCCUGGUCCAUGUAAGUCAUGUAAUCGCAGCCCCAAAAAUUCUAUACAGUAAGACAAUUGAAACUCAGCCCGGCCUGAAACCUCUCAAUGUAAUCAGCUCCUUUUUACGUUUGCACAUGGCGUCAAUGUGCAUGGUGUUCCAAUUCAAAAGAAUUUUAAUUAGACUCUUGUCUGGAACUCCAACAUGACCACCAUGGCUUUUGUUGAGUUGGUCCAUGGGAAAUUAUUUUGCAAGCGCUCUAAAGGGUAGUUUCCACUCGGAAAAUUAUCCGUGGAUUGGAACGGACAAGAAAAUUUUUCUUUGUCUUCUGAGCUCUGGGUUAGAACUAAAGACUUUAACGCAAAGAAAAAUGUUUUUGUCCGUUCCUAUCCACGGAUAAUUUUCCUGAGUGGAAACUAGCCUUAACUCUUAAAGUGCAUAUGACAUGAAAUUUCUUAUUUUCUUAAAUGAAAGAACUCUAAGCUGUAGUGUAACUUAUAUUCAGUUCCGAGAUAUUUCAAUUUGUUUGAUAUGUAAAUGAGUGUGAAUAUGUCCGCUAAUUUAUGACGUCAUGUUGGUUGCAAGCUCUUCAAAAUGGUUGAAUAUCACUGGCACUGCUAUCAUCCAAGAUGAUAAUUUCAAACUUCACUCACUGGUAAAUGUGAUGAAACACUGUAGAAAAACGUGAACAGAUAUCUAUAGUUUUUAGAGUUGAUACAUUUAUAACCAGUGUAAGUUGAGCUUGCAACCAACAUGACGUCAUAAAUUAGCGGACAUAUUCACACUCAUUUACAUAUCAAACAACUUGAAAUAUCUCUGGAACAAACCAUAAAAACAAGAAACUGAAAAAUAAGUUACACUACAGCUUAAAGAGUUCUUUCGUUUAAGAAAAUAAGAAAUUUCAUGUCAUAUGCACUUUAAGGUUGAAAUUUAUGCAUAAAAUUCAGUUGUUUAAAAAUUAUUUCAUUUUUUCCCCAGUCGCAGUGUCCAAACCCCACGACACUCAUUGGUGAUCCGAGCAAACGAUUCUACUCGCCAAUUCGAACGACGGACAUCAAAUGGAAUUUCGAGAAAUUCCUGAUCGACCACACAGGGCAGCCUAGAAAGAGAUACACGCCAAAUCUCAAACCACAGGACAUGAAGACAGAUAUACAAAAUUUGGUCCAGGAAUGUUUGAAGGGGAAACAGCAUAGAGUUAUGUUCCAAGACGUCUUUGAUGAGGUUUAG